CCCGCUCGUGCCCGCCCUCGCCCCAGCUCGCUCGCUUGCUCGCUCUCUCUGAGCAGAGCAGCGCUGCCUGGGUGAUGCUGUAGCGAACUGCAAGCCUUACCUUACCUUACCCACACACACGCUGCACUCGGGACAACGGAGACUGCCUGAACCCCAUUGCAUUCGCUCAUGAAGAUGUCCAACAAUGACAUUAGUAUAUCUUCCACGGAAAGGAUGGUAAAAUAUGUAACGCUGGCCGGCCGGGUUUCCCGGGCCUCGGGAAACCCGAAAGGUGAAGGAAGGCGAGACCUGCUGGAUGAAAAAGCUGUUCCUUUCCCAUUGAGUCAUCGACUGACCACGAAGGAAGUGUUUGAUUGUGAAGGCAAGCCACGGGUUGAUCUUCUGAAGGCUCAUCUCACCAAGGAGGGAAGGGUAGAAGAAAAUGUAGCACUUCGAAUUAUUACUGACGGAGCUUCCAUCCUUCGCCAGGAAAAGACAAUGUUGGACAUAGAAGCUCCUGUGACAGUUUGUGGAGACAUACAUGGUCAAUUCUUUGACCUAAUGAAGCUCUUUGAAGUGGGUGGGUCACCAGCCACGACUCGCUACCUCUUUCUGGGAGACUAUGUGGACAGGGGCUACUUCAGUAUUGAGUGUGUUUUGUAUCUGUGGUCAUUGAAAAUUCUGUAUCCAAAGACAUUGUUUUUACUCCGUGGAAACCAUGAAUGUAGACAUUUGACAGAAUAUUUCACCUUCAAACAAGAAUGUAAAAUCAAGUAUUCAGAACAGAUAUAUAAUGCUUGUAUGGAAGCUUUCGACUGCCUUCCUCUCGCUGCACUGAUGAACCAACAAUUCCUUUGUGUACAUGGAGGCCUUUCCCCUGAAAUACACACCUUGGAUGAUAUAAAAAAGUUAGACAGAUUUAAAGAGCCACCAGCAUUCGGUCCUAUGUGUGAUCUUUUAUGGUCAGAUCCCUUGGAAGAUUUUGGAAAUGAAAAGACACAGGAAUAUUUCAGUCAUAAUACAGUGCGAGGUUGCUCUUAUUUUUAUAGUUAUCCUGCUGUUUGUGAGUUCCUGCAGAACAAUAAUUUAUUAUCAGUUAUUCGGGCCCAUGAAGCACAAGAUGCAGGCUAUCGCAUGUACAGGAAGAGCCAAACUACGGGUUUCCCAUCGCUUAUCACAAUCUUUUCUGCACCAAAUUACCUUGAUGUUUACAAUAAUAAAGCUGCAGUAUUGAAAUAUGAGAACAAUGUUAUGAAUAUUCGGCAAUUCAAUUGUUCUCCCCAUCCUUACUGGCUACCAAACUUUAUGGAUGUCUUUACUUGGUCUUUGCCAUUUGUUGGUGAAAAAGUGACAGAGAUGUUGGUGAAUGUUCUAAAUAUCUGCUCUGAUGAUGAACUCAUGACAGAUGAAGAUGAAAUAUUUGAUGCAAAUGCUGCAGCAGCUCGGAAGGAGGUUAUCAGGAACAAAAUUCGAGCAAUUGGCAAAAUGGCGAGAGUGUUUUCCGUGCUCAGAGAGGAGAGUGAGAGUGUUUUAACUUUGAAAGGUCUGACUCCGACUGGUAUGCUGCCCAGUGGAGUGUUGGCUGGAGGCAAACAGACCUUACAAACCGCUACUGUUGAGGCUAUUGAGGCCAUUGAGGGUGUUGAAACUCAUGAAGCCAUCCGAGGAUUUACACCUCAGCAUAAAAUUACUAGUUUUCAAGAAGCAAAAGGUCUGGACCGUAUCAACGAGAGGAUGCCACCUCGAAGAGAUGCAGUAUCCAAUUCUGGCAUUGUUCAUUCAACCGGGAAAAUGAAUAUGUCCGAGUCAAAUGGGACAGAUGACAACAGCAACAUACAGUGACCUGCUUUUAAGACUUCAAUAUCUCUGCAGUUGUACUGUGUCAACUGUUUGGUGUUCCAGCCUCUGAUAUCCACGACAGCACACUGCUCAUUCAGAAGCAAACAGUUUGAAUAAAUUUAUAACAAAGAAAACACAAAGCCCCAUAACUUCCACUCAGAAAAUUAGUGUUAGAAAGCUGGAAACCUUAGCCAUCUUGUUUAGAGGGACUGCCACAGUGCUUAUAGACAAGGUGAGACUAAACGCAUGUUAUGUAUUAAGGCGUGCUCUGAGGCUGUUCAGUUGUUUACUUAUUUUCACUAAUGAAAGCAAGGGUAGACAUUUACAAAGAUCUCUUGUAAACUUGGGUAAAUUGUUUCACAUUGAUACAUCCAAUGGUGCAUUUGAGAAGUAGCACCAAGCAUUUCAAAACUGUUAAAAGUAAAAUGUUUCAUGCAUAAAUAUAGUUAUAUGAUUAAUAUAACUUAAUUUAAAAUAAAAGUUUUGCUACUAGUAUUACAAUUCUGGAAUUAUGUAAGUCUUAGAAAAACAAAUUUGAAGUUGCAAAAUAUUUCAAAUGCCAUAUACCAAAUGAUUCUGUUUUGUAUAAAAUUCCCUGCCCGACUUCUGUGUAUUUGGAUGCUAUCAGGUCUGUUUGAUGAUAAUCUAAUAUCCGAUCAUGUUGCUUGUAACUGGAAUCUAAAUUUACUGGUAUUUAUUGUUUUGUUGCUAAGUUCUGACAUAAACUAACUAGGUUUUGCUUGUCACUUGCUUGUAAUGAACAAUUACAAAUGGCACGGUAUUUUUUGUAAAGUAAUUAACGUGCACCACUAUAGUGCCAGAAUUAGGAUUUGUACAGCAUCUGUAGAAUGCAUUUAUGCAUGUGAUUAAGUUUCUUAACAAUAUGUGGAGCUAUAUUUGUGCUGUGUUUUUAAAAAAAAAUCUGCCUGUGUUGUAUUCUUACUUGCUUUCUCUCUGCAGAAUUGGUAAAGCUUUUGAGUUAUUGCAAAUGGUGUACAAACAUUGAAGUUACUUUGACAGUUGAAACUAUUUGUAUUUUUUAAUUUCUUUGUGUGUAAAGGAGUGGCUGAUAGCACGAAUGAGCAUAUUCAGUGAAACGUUGACUAGUCCAAAGCAACAUGUUUGGCUGCCAAUGCAUGAUAGCAUGGGUAUCAAAACUGUUAAAUUAAUUAAGGCACAGUGUGGUGCCUCACUAAAAGUUAAGUAAAGCAUAUUAUCCAUUUUCUUCCACCUUUUGUUAUCUUUUGCUUUGUCAAAGCGUGAAAACUUUUUGAGAUUUUCAUGAAUCUGAUCUUGUAAUUCCUCUUGUACUUUUCUCAUCUGGAACCCAAGGCUUCACAUUUAACUUGUUAUUUGAAACACUGACAUUGUAAGCAUGUCCUCUGGAAACUCAAAACACUUUUUUACUAUUCAAUAAAAUGUGCAUGAACCCAUCAAUUUCUUGAAAAUACUGUUUUAUAAAGUCAUAAGUAAAAUUUAAUGCACUGGAAUAAUACAGUAAGUAGGCAACUAUAUUUGCAACAGUAAACACUAUAUUACAGCCCAAUUUGAUAAAUUAAUCAUAUUGCAGUGCUCCAGAACUCCUAGAUGCCCUUGGAAAAUCUUGGUAAUCCCACUUUCUAAUCAGAUGUUGAAAGAAUUUCAUUUACAAUUCCAAGUUAGAGGGCAAUUUUAGCUUGCAUCCAUAAGUUCCUCUUUGAUCAGUAUUGCUAAAUGGGAAAUAUAUC